ACUAAACAAAGAUGAGCGCGGCGUACGCGGCGGAGAAGGCCAAGCUCCACGACGCGAUUCUGGAGCAAUUACGCGAAGUCAUGGUGGGCCUCCACACCCUGAAUCAAAACCUUGAACGUCUGAACGAUGUGGGAGACGAACUGCAGUCCAUUGCUCACUCGUGGACAACGUUCUGCACCAACAUCACACGUGGCAAUGCUGACGAGGACAUGGGUGUUGAUUCCAGCGACAAGUGGUGAGGACUACCUCGUAGGUAAAAUGAAUCCGGUAUUCAUUUACACUCUCCGCGUACCAAACAACCGAACAACUCCCAGACAGACAGAACAGCCGCGUGCACGUUUGAGUGCACUCGUGUCGAGGCUCAAUCAUGUAUUAGUCGCUGCUCCCAAAAAAGGUUUGCACGUUGAACUCCAAGGUCGGAGCCGUUGGAGGGACGGACAAGUCAUCGAACGCGGCUUUGCGCCGCGGGAAGUACAUGCCGGACGGGGACGUGCCGUCGUCGUGGGCGUGGAUUUGCUCCGCAAUCAUUUUCAGCACCGCGUCAAGUUUGCUCGUCACGGACAGGUCAAGCAUGAGAUCAUCGUUGGACAAACUGUCUCGGAAGAGCCGUUCCUGCUUUUGCUUUUGGUUGGACUGGCGAGGGGUGGCCGUCGUGUCCCACACGAUCAGCCGCUCGAGGGCG